GUCCCAUUCAUUCUCAGUCCCAGCCACAGCAAGGCGAAGAAGAAGCUCUGAGACACAACAAAGACAGGAGCCUUUCAUUUUCACCUCCAUCUUAACAGCUUUCAGGAUACAAACCCCGCUUUGCGCCUUUCCUCCUCAAAACAUGAAAAUGACUCCGGCAGAGAGCUCCAAGGUGCUGAAGGAGGGCGAGCUGGAGAAGAGGAGCGACAACCUGCUCCAGUUCUGGAAGAGGAAGACGUGCGUCCUCACCACGGACAGCCUGAACAUUUACGCCGACACGCAGAAGAAAAGCAGAAGCAAAGAGCUCAAGCUGCAGUGCAUUAAGAAAGUGGACUGCGUGGAGCGCACCGGCAAGUUCGUCUACUUCACCAUCGUCACCACGGACAAUAAGGAGAUCGACUUCCGGUGCUCAGGCGAGGAUAACUGCUGGAACGCGGUGAUCACCAUGGCGCUGAUUGAUUUCCAGAACAGGAGAGCCAUCCAGGACUUUAAAACGAGACAGGACGCCGAAAGCUCCACUUCGGGACAGGAGGAGUCUUUACGCAUGGCCCGGGCGCCGUGAUACACACAUUCAGCACACACACACACACUCCGGAGAUGUAGAAAGAUAGAUGGAGAAGAAAGCUUGGACCAAAGCGGAGAUAUUUGCACCAUGUCUGAGAAGAAGAGACGCCAGAAGAGAGGUGCAAUAUCUAAGCUGGAGCUCUUCAGAAACUCUGAAAUAAUUUCAGCAGGCCAAACAGACACUCAAGACUGAAUUCUCAAACUUUCAAAGUCAAGUUCGUCAAUACGAGGGAUCCUAAUGCUCCCUGGAUUUCACUUGUAAAUUUGCCUAUUUAUUUGCUACAAGGAAUGUAGUAUGCAUAAAAGAUGUUUGUCUGUCUUUAAGUUAUUUACAUGUCCUGUUAUUAAUGUUAAUUUAAAUAAAUUUUCAUAAAAAUACAGCA